AUGUAUAUGUUGUUUCGGUUAUUGAUGUUUCUGGUGAAGAAACUUGUUGCUGAGGACGCUAAUGCUAAAGAUGUUGUUGCUGCAGAUACUGUUGAUUAUUUUGCUGCUGCUAUUGCCGAUGUUGUUGCUAAAGAUGCUAAUGGUUAUGGUGAUGCUGCUGGUGCUAAUGGUGAUGGUGAUGCUGCUGGUGCUAAUGGUGAUGGUGAUGCUGCUGGUGCUAAUGGUUAUGGUGAUGCUAUUGCUAUUGCUAUUGCUAUUGCUGUUGGUGAUGCUACUGCUAUCGCUGCUGCUACUAAUGCUGCUAAUGCUGCUAAUGCUGUUGCUGUUGCCAUUGCUGCUGCUGUUGCUGCUGCUGCUGCUAAUGCUAUUGUUGUUGAUGCUGUCGCUGUUGAUGCUAUUACUGCUGCUAAUGCUAUUGCUAUUGCUGCUAUUGCUGAUGCUAUUACUGCUGAUGCUAUUGCUAUUGCUGCUGAUGCUAUUGCUGCUAUUGCUGCUGCUAUUGCUGCUGAUAUUGCUGUUGCUGCUAUCGCUGAUGCUAUUGCUGCUGAUGCUAUUGCUGCUACUGCUACUGCUACUACUGCUACUGCUACUGCUACUGCUACUGCUACUGCUACUGCUACUGCUACUGCUACUGCUACUAAUAAGGCCACUAUUGUUAUUGUUGCAAGGCUGCAAAUGCGGCUAAUAUUUCUUUCGAUGUUACAACGAAUAUUGAAGUAA